UCUGAGAGGGGCAUUUCAAUCUCCAUCCGUCAACACCGGCAGGAGAGACGUGUAGCCUACAUCGAGCGCGGCGGAAGCGUUAACACUACGGUUACGUGUGUGGGGACUUUUUUUGUAUUUUUGUCUGCGUUGAAAUGUUAAUUUUCUAGUUCCGAAAAAGGUGCGAGUCGCACGCGGAGCUGCUGUUACCUGCUUCACUUCUGCCAGAAAACAACAAACUUUCUUCUAUGUGGAUAUUUCUGGAACUCUGGAUCUCGUUGGGUUGACAUUUAACGGGAUUUGUUUCCAAAAAAGAAGGAGCCAGAAGAAGGAGCCCAGCUGAGCACCGGAACACCGGGAGAUCUGCAGCGUUGUGUCCCGUCCAGACACCGGGAGAUCUGCAGCGUUGCGUCCCGUCCAGACACCGGGAGAUCUGCAGCGUUGCGUCCCGUCCAGACACCGGGAGAUCUGCAGCGUUGCGUCCCGUCCAGACACCGGGAGAUCUGCAGCGUUGCGUCCCGUCCAGACACCGGGAGAUCUGCAGCGUUGUGGCCGGUCCAGACACCGGUCUUUAGCAUGAUGUCUUAUCUCAAACAGGGCCCGUACGGGAUGAACGGACUGGGCCUGGGCGGAGCCGCCAUGGACCUGCUGCACCCGUCUGUCGGGUACCCAGGAAACCCACGGAAGCAGCGCCGGGAGCGGACCACGUUCACCCGGACGCAGCUGGACAUUUUGGAGUCGCUGUUCGCCAAGACGCGCUACCCGGACAUCUUCAUGAGGGAGGAGGUGGCGCUGAAAAUCAACCUGCCCGAGUCCAGAGUGCAGGUGUGGUUUAAGAACCGACGAGCCAAGUGUCGGCAGCAGCAGCAGAGCAGCAACAGCGCCAAGGCGAAGCCCGUGAAGAAGAAGUCGUCUCCGACGCGAGAGAGCACGGGCUCCGAGAGCAGCGGCCAGUUCACGCCUCCGGCGGCGGCGCCCAGCUCGUCUUCUUCGUCCUCCACGUCCACGUCCUCCUCUUCCUCCUCCUCCUCCGGGCUCGGCGGCGGCGGCGCCGCUCUGCUCAGCGGCUCCGCCUCAGUCACCGCCCCCGUGUCGUCCAUCUGGAGCCCGGCGCCCAUAUAUCGCCCGGCGCGCGGCGCCGGCGCCCCGACCCGCCGGCCCGACAGCGCCUCCUGCGUAGCGGCUGCGGCGGCCGGCGUCCUCCGGCGCCGCGGCGCGCGUCUACCGGUGUCCUACAGCCAGACUGCGGCCGCGUACGGCCAGGGCUACCCGGCCUCGGCGUCCGGCUCUUACUUCGGCGGCGUGGACUGCGGCUCGUACCUGGCGCCCAUGCACUCGCACCACCACCACCACCCGCACCACGCGCACCAGCUCAGCCCCAUGGGCGGUGGCGGCGCCAUGUCGGGGCACCCGCACCACCACAUCGGCCAGACCUCGGCGCACCACCACCACCCGUCCCACCACCCGUCCCACCACCACCAGGCGUACAGCGCGCCCGGCCUCGCCUUCAACGCCACAGAUUGUCUGGAUUACAAAGAGCAGACGGCGGCGGCCGCGGCGUCGGCGUGGAAACUCAACUUCAACGCCUCCGACUGUUUGGACUACAAAGACCAGGCGUCGUGGCGUUUCCAAGUGCUGUGACGGCCCUCCUUCCCGUGUUUCUCCUCCUCCUCCUCCUCCUCUUCUCUGCGUACUAGGGCUGUGCUCGAUUGAAGAAAUUCUGAGUCG